AUGGCGGGUGUGUUAUUUGAAGAUAUAUUUAAUGUUAAAGAUAUGGACCCUGAAGGCAAAAAGUUUGAUCGAGUUAGUCGUUUACAUUGUGAAUCUGAAUCCUUUAAAAUGGACUUAAUAUUAGAUAUCAAUUCAUGGAUAUAUCCAAUGGAGCUCGGUGACAAAUUUCGACUGGUUCUAGCAACAACAUUGCGAGAAAAUGGUUAUCCUGAUGGUGGCGAAUGGAAUCCUCUUGAAACUGAAGGAAACAGGGCUGAUAGUUUUGAAUAUGUUAUGUAUGGAAAAGUGUAUAGGAUAGAUGGAGAUGAAGUAGCAAUGGAGCCAGCAUCCCGCCUUUCAGCAUAUGUAUCUUUUGGUGGACUGUUGAUGAGAUUGCAGGGUGAUGCGAAUAACUUACAUGGUUUUGAAGUCGACCAACAUAUGUACCUUUUGAUGAAGAAACUCGCUUUU